AAAAGUCAUAAAGAAGAAAAGAUUGAAAAGGCUAAAAUUAAGAAGGCAAUCCAGAAGGGUAAUACUGAAGUUGCAAGAAUACAUGCAGAAAAUGCAAUCCGACAGAAGAAUCAGGCAAUCAAUUUUUUGCGCAUGAGUGCCAGGGUAGAUGCUGUAGCAGCAAGAGUUCAAACGGCAGUAACAAUGGGCAAGGUAACAAAAUCAAUGGCAGGAGUAGUUAAAUCUAUGGAUGCUACAUUGAAGAGCAUGAACUUGGAAAAGAUAUCUGCCCUAAUGGACAAAUUUGAGCACCAGUUUGAAACAUUAGAUGUUCAGACGCAACAGAUGGAAGACACAAUGAGUAACACAACUACAUUAACAACACCACAAAACCAAGUGGAUACACUUCUACAGGAAAUGGCGGAUGAAGCAGGCCUUGAUCUGAACAUGGAACUGCCCCAGGGGCAAAUGGGUUCUGUUGGCACAAGUGUUGCUUCCACAGAGCAGGAUGAGCUGUCUCAGAGACUGGCCCGUCUACGAGAUCAAGUUUAACUUAAGUAAUCAAAGCUGCGAUUCUCUGUAUAUGCUUCCAAAGCAGUCACACUGUAUAUAUCUUGCGCUGUAUGCCGUGUGCUCUGGGUGUCAAAAUAUUUGUACUAUAUGAUACUUCACUUUUGGCUUGCUAUCCUUUCUAAAUACAUUAAGAAAUUCAAAAGUAUCACAGCCUUUUGAUGUUUUUCUAGUUCUGUAUAGUACAUUUUGAAUCUGGGGAUAUAUUUUUGCAAUUAUCUUUUCUCAAAACCAAGCUAAAAUUCCAAGUCAACUAAUAAUGUUGGCUUAUUCUAGUUGAAGGAAAGCUGAACACUAUUAACAUGGUAUAUAAUAUUUUAAAUUAUAAAGUGGGUUUUUAAAUUAUGAAGAACAUGUACAGUUGGAGAACUCAUGCAUGCAGUUCAGAUGAUGGUUUCAGUCCACUUGCAUACGCAGCAAAAUUCAUGGAAUACACAAAUGAAUGUGUUGUCUUUAUUAAUAUGCAUAUUAAAACAGAUAGUUGGACUUGCAUCUGUUUUUAUAAUCUUUUAAAACUACAUUACUUGCAGGACAACUUAAUGGACCAACUAGCUACCAAAAGCUGUUUUCACCUAACUGACAACUUGUAUGGUACCAUCACUUCAGUACAGGAAGAAUAAAAUUUAUUUUUCAAUACUUUGUCUAGAUUAAUUGGUAUAUGUAUAUUAGUCAAGCAGAAUGACUCCAUAUUAUGUUGAGUAAAGUACUUAUGUUAAUAUCUUUGAACUGUCAUCUGUAUAUUCUGUAAGAAUAUGGACUGCGUUUUGCUGAUAUAACAUCAACACACUUUGUACUGUUUUGCUGUGAUAGGAGGUGGUGGUAGCUGCCUAUUGUAGAUUUAACUAUCCACUUUAAAGGUAAAUCCAUUCAAAUAUAUUCUUGCUUACUGUGACUUUUAAUCUAAAGCUGUCAGAAGUAUCAAACUCUUAAUGUAGUCCUAAUUCAUGGAAAUAACCAUUAAAAUCUCUAGUCAGAACAA